AAAAAUUUUAGAGAGAGAAAGAGUUUUAGAGAGAGAAAGAGUUUGUCGCCAUGGUUCCUCCUCCUCCUCCUCCUCCUCAGAACCACGAGUUCCAAGAGUUCUGGAACCGCGAGCGCGAGGCCCUCGGCCUCAGCCCGCCGGCGACCUCCGGCUUCGCCGCUACCGGCGAUGCGGGCACCCCUACCGCCGCCGCCCGCCUCCGCGGCCGGAGCACCCGGCAGAUCUCCCUUCUCCUUCUUCUCAAGCUCCACCGCCCUUUUUCCACCCUCUCCGCCCUCCCUCGCUUCCUCUUCCGCCUCAUCCUCACCGCCGCCCGCCGGAUCGCUUCCUCCCCUCGCACCUCUUCUCAUUCUUCCCGUCUCUACCGCCUUAUCCGUGCCUUUCUCUUUCUCGCCGUCCUUCUCCUCGCCCUUGAGCUUGUGGCUUACUUCAAGGGCUGGCAUUUCAGUCCUCCCUCCUACGCCUCCUCGCGCCACGCUUUGGAGCUCUUGUAUGCGCAAUGGCUCCAUGUUCGCGCGGCGUACUUGGCGCCGCCGGUGCAGGCGAUGGCGAACGUUUGCAUCGUGCUUUUCUUAGUUCAGUCGGUGGAUCGGUUGGUUUUGAUGCUUGGAUGCGCUUGGAUCUGGGCGAGAGGAAUCCGUCCUGUGGCGGCGAUGGAGUAUGGGAAGAAGGAGGACGGGGAUUUGGAGCAAGGGAGUAGAAGCGGAUCCGAUGAGUAUCCGAUGGUGCUGAUCCAGAUCCCAAUGUGCAACGAGCGGGAGGUUUACCAGCAAUCUAUAGCAGCAGUUUGUGUCCAGGACUGGCCUAGGGAAAGAAUGCUUGUUCAAGUUUUGGAUGACUCUGAUGAUAUGGAGGUGCAGGCCCUCAUAAAGGCGGAGGUACAGAAAUGGCAACAAAAGGGUGUACCCAUUUUUUACAGACAUCGGCUGAUACGCACAGGCUACAAGGCAGGAAACUUGAAGUCAGCCAUGAGCUGUGAUUACGUAAAGGACUAUGAGUUUGUGGCUAUUUUUGAUGCAGAUUUUCAGCCUGCACAGGAUUUCUUAAAGAGAACCAUUCCACAUUUUAAGGGGAAUGAUGAUGUGGCAUUGGUUCAAACUAGAUGGGCUUUUGUGAACAAGGAUGAAAACUUGCUCACUAGGCUGCAAAAUAUUAAUUUAUCUUUCCAUUUUGAGGUCGAACAACAGGUUAACGGUAUAUUUAUCAAUUUCUUUGGGUUCAAUGGCACUGCUGGAGUUUGGAGGAUAAAAGCUCUCGAAGAAUCUGGUGGCUGGCUGGAGAGAACUACUGUUGAAGACAUGGAUAUCGCCGUCCGAGCUCACCUUGCUGGAUGGAAGUUCAUAUAUCUGAAUGAUGUCAAGUGUCUUUGUGAACUUCCUGAGUCCUAUGAGGCAUACAAGAAACAACAGUAUCGAUGGCAUUCAGGUCCAAUGCAGCUGUUCAGGUUGUGCUUUGUCGACAUCCUUCGCUCAAAGGUCAGCUGGUCAAAGAAAGCCAAUUUGAUUUUCCUGUUCUUCCUCUUGAGAAAGCUUAUCCUACCAUUCUAUUCUUUCACUCUUUUCUGCAUAAUCCUCCCAUUGACAAUGUUCCUGCCUGAAGCUCAAUUGCCAGCUUGGGUGGUGUGCUAUGUCCCUGGUGUUAUGUCCCUCAUAAACAUCCUUCCCGCUCCGAGGUCAUUCCCAUUCAUUGUCCCCUACCUUCUUUUCGAGAACACAAUGUCUGUCACUAAAUUCAAUGCAAUGAUCUCGGGACUAUUCAAAUUCGGGAGCUCAUAUGAAUGGAUAGUCACCAAGAAAUCAGGCAGAUCAUCAGAGGCCGACCUGGUUUCCAUUUUUGAGAAGGAUUCUGUGUCCCCAGCUGAAAACAUAGGUCCACACAGAUCAUCAUCUGAUUCAGGCCUUGUCGAAUUGAACAAACUGGAGAUGUCUAAAAAAUCUGGGAAGGUCAAAAGAAACAGACUGUACAGAAAAGAACUCGCUCUAGCUUUCAUUCUUUUAACUGCCUCCGCUAGGAGCCUGUUGUCAGCUCAAGGAAUCCAUUUCUACUUCUUGCUAUUUCAAGGAAUAACUUUCCUCGUUGUCGGGCUUGAUCUUAUCGGAGAACAAGUCAGCUGAAACUAUACAGUUGAUACUCAAUUUGUUCAAACAAGGAGCUUCCGCUGUCAUGUAAUUUAUCCAAGGCCGAUUUCCACUGUUUCUCAUGGCUGCCAUUGCACCAGCAGAAUGGUCACAUUGACCCAUUUCUCAGCACAACAAGGUAUGACUUUCCUCAUUUCUGUGGAUGGAUUCACCAGCUUAAACUUGGGAAGAUUUUAUUUCUUUUUAUCAAGUUGAUCCAAUCCAAAUGCUGGCCUUGGGAAAAACAAAUACUGUACUGUACUAUGCCUGGAAUGUCAGAUGUGAAGAUAUAUUUGUUAGUUUUUCCCCCCUUAUUUGUUCACUUUUUAUUCAUUAGUAGAUCAUAUAAGUUGUUGUUUCUGUUUAAAUUUUUGUUGUUGUUAUUGAUGUUUACCCUUGAGAGUGAGAUAGUGUUUGUUUCAGGUGUGCCAAUUAUUUGCAAGAUUAAAGCAACCAUUUUGUUUUUAUUGUUAAUACUAUUCAGGUCAGGUGUAUUCUUGUUUUACAUUUGAAGUUGAAUUGAAUGUCAAGGAAGUCCCAAUAUGUAUUUUGUUUAUCAAUUAUCAAAUAAAGUUUUCUUAGUUACUAA